AUCCCAGGAAGGUACGGUUCACUAUAUAAUUUCUACGGUGGCCUAACUGGGGAGGGCAAGCGGAGGCCAUUCUCAGGGUUACCGUCAGCGAUACACCACGCGACACGUCUCGAUUCGACGUUGGUGUCUUCGCUUUAUCUUCGUCUGCUUCGAUUCGAAAGCCUCUCCGAUUCCCCCGUUUCAGACUUUCAGUCUGUCUCUGUCUCUGGGAAGAUAAACUUGUAUUCCAAUACGUAUCUCUCUGCCUUUACCUAUCUAUCUAUCUAUCUAUAUAUAUAUCGAUAGCUACGUGAAGGAAUCUUCAAUGGCGGCCAUGGAGGAAACCAAGGUUGGGGUCGACGCGGAAGCGGCGUCUCGAUUGGUGAAGGAGCUUCGGGACGCCUUUGCUACUGGUAAGACUCGGAGCUACCAGUGGAGACUGUCCCAGUUGAAGAGCAUUCUGAAGAUGGCAGAGGAUCACGAGCACGACGUCGUCGAAGCUCUUCGCUCCGACCUCUCCAAGCCGGAGCUCGAGUCCUGCAUCUACGAGGUUGCCAUGUUAAAGAACGCCUGCUCAUUGGCAGUUAAGAAGUUGAAACAUUGGAUGAUGCCAGAAAAGGUUAAAACUUCAUUGACCACUUUUCCUUCAUCAGCUGAAAUAGUGCCGGAACCUCUGGGUGUUGUUUUGGUCAUCUCACCUUGGAAUUAUCCUUUUUUGUUGUCUCUUGACCCGGUUAUUGGAGCUAUUGCAGCCGGUAAUGCAGUUGUUCUAAAACCGUCAGAAGUUGCUCCAGCCACAUCAUCUUUGCUUGCAAAAUUAGUUGGGGAAUAUAUGGACAACUCUUUGAUACGGGUUGUUGAGGGAGGUGUUGCUGAAACAACUGCACUACUGGAGCAAAAGUGGGACAAAAUAUGUUAUACAGGCAAUGGAAGAAUUGGACGGAUUGUGAUGGCAGCUGCUGCGAAGCACCUUACACCAGUUCUUCUGGAACUUGGAGGAAAAUCUCCAGUUGUUGUUGAUUCGAGCAUAAAUCUACAGGUUGCAACUAGAAGGAUAAUUGCGGGUAAGUGGGGGUGUAAUAAUGGUCAAACUUGCGUUGCUCCAGAUUACCUCUUAACAACAAAAGAUUUUGCUCCGAAAUUGGUGGAUGCUCUGAAACAUGAACUGGAGCAUUUUUUUGGGGAGAAUCCAUUGGAUUCAAAAGACUUGUCGCGCAUUGUCAACUCAAACCACUUUUCUCGCUUGACCAAGUUAUUGGAUGAGGAUCGGGUUUCUGGCACAAUUGUCCAUGGUGGAAAGAUUGAAAAAUCGACCUUGAAGAUUUCCCCAACCAUCUUGCUGGAUGCCCCCAGAGACUCUCUGAUCAUGAAUGAGGAGAUUUUUGGUCCCUUGCUUCCCAUUGUAACGGUUGAGAAAGUGGAAGACAGCUUUGACAUUAUAAAUUCGGGAACAAAACCCCUUGCUGCAUAUUUGUUUACCAACAAUAAGAAGCUCAAGGAGCAAUUUGUGAUGACUGUCUCUGCUGGGGGUGUGGUCGUCAAUGACACUGUUCUACAUGUUUCAGUUGACAGUUUACCAUUUGGAGGAGUUCAGGAGAGUGGAAUGGGUGCCUAUCAUGGGAAAUUUUCUUUUGAUGCUUUUACCCAUAAGAAGGCAGUUCUGUAUCGAAGUUUUGCUGGUGAUGCACCUGUGAGGUACCCACCUUACACAAAAGGGAAGCUAAGAUUGAUGAAGGCUCUGAUAAGUGGUAGUAUACUUAGUGCAAUCUUCGCUCUGAUUGGAUUGUCCAAGGAUUAAAAGAUAAUUUAAUAUAACUGUAUUGGGUAUAAGUUUCUUUGUAUUUUGAAGCUACUCGCUCAGUAUAAAUGGUCUCAUUUCAAUAUGAACAAGAUUUGAUUUGUUGUGCAAAUGAAAUAUAUGCAACAUUGCUGAUUCUUUUA